AUGAUACCAUGCUCCAUGUUCUCUGCUUGGAACUUGACCAUGUUCAUCACAUGGAACUGAUGCAUGAUCGCGUUUUAAAAUAUCCAGAUCGUGUUCAGAAUUUGUACUUCGCAUUCCUCUUUGUUCUCCGGGCAGUGACAAGAGCUGCAGAUUACUUAGAGCAGGCUGAGUAUGAUACAGGUAAUCAUGAGGAAGACCUUAGAACAGAGUCUUUGAUGAGGCAGCUACUUUACAAUCCUCAACUCCAAGCUACAUGUCCCCUACCGUUUGAUGAAGCAAAGCUCUGGAACAGUCAGAGCGGACCACAAUUGAAGCAAAAAAUUCAAAAGAAAUUCAGAAACAUCAGUGCAUUAAUGGAUUGUGUGGGAUGUGAGAAAUGUCGGCUCUGGGGAAAGCUUCAAGUUCUUGGUCUUGGUACUGCAUUGAAGAUCCUCUUUUCUGUGGAUGGUAAAAAUCAUCAAGAUCAACUUGUAUGUCCAGAACUACAGGGAAAAGGAGAAGUUGGAGCAUAGGCUCUAAAAUGCACAGUUGGAAAAGGAGGAUAAGAGGCAGAGCUUUCAGCAACAUUUUUUGGGGAUUGCAGAUAGAAAACGGACACAUAUCUUGAGGAAGAUGGAGGAAGAUCCCUGCAAAGCUUUUCUUGAAGUAGAGGAAGAAAAGUACCUUGUAUUAUCUUAUAAACUCUUGUAUAAAAGCUUCAUUGCUUUUGUAACAUUCAUGAGAAAAAUCCAAAUGUAACAUUCCCUUUUCAAUAUGUUGAAUUCCUUUUUGUACA